CUGACAUCAGCGACAGAACGACGCGCACAUUUCCUUAGACUGUCACAUUGCAUCGUACAUGUUCUUGGUGUCUUCACAUAUCCAAACUAUUCGUCUGUCCCCACUUCGUCUGCUACAGUAUUUUUAUGCAACAUUAACCUGCACAUUUCGCUCCUGAAAUCCCUUCAUGGUCUUGAGAUUUCAUUGUACCCUUCACAGAUAAAACACACUCUGUGCUGGAAGCAGCAAAGCAUUCUGAGAAGAUAAGCAAACCUCCUCCAUUUGUUUCCAAAGUAGGUACAGUAUUCUUUUCUUCGUAUGCUUCCUUUUUGUGUCUGCAUAGGUUAUAUUGAGCUGACGUUACUUGCCAAAGAUUUCUAUUUUUGUCUCAUCUGUCCAAAGGACAUUCUUCCAGAAGCUUUGUGGCUUGUCAAUAUGUAUUUUGGCAAACUCUAGGCUUGUCAGUUUCAAGUUAUUUAGUGACCAUCGCCGGUUAUUCUUUCUUUAGCAAAAGGGCAGCAGCAAUUUUGUCUAUGUGUGGAAAUUCCAUAUCUGCACCUUUAUCCAGAUCCUCAACAGAAAUGAAUAGGUUCUUAAUUGGACCACACACCACCCCUUUACAAAGUACUAGUUACUGUCAACAAUACUGCUGCAGAAGCAUUCUUAGAAAAAAGCAAGACGCUUCUCUUAAUAGUUUGUUUCUUUAGCUUUGCCGAGUCAGAAAUUCAUCCGAUCACAUGACUGGUUGGGAGCUGCCAAUCGCUCCUCCCCUCGUUUACACAGCGCGACUAACGACACCCGAAAUGUGUUAAAACACCGGCGAUUCACAGGUCAGUUGGCUGACUUGGGAUUGGCAUUGAAAAAGGCUUAAUUGGGUUAUUUUGUGUUCCAUCUUUUUUUUAUUCAAGUGACAGACACCAUACAUAAAGCAGUAUAAAAUGGCCCUCAUCUAUCUGACUCAUUUGCAUGGAGAUGCCUCUACAACAGCAUUUUGGGGAUUUGGUGGGUCACUGCCCCACCUGGCAACACAGCAACCAAAUUCCAAGAUCAAAAAGUGAAAAUAAAUUCCUCUGUACACACCCUUUGCCAGAUGUGCACCAAAAUGUGCCACUCCUCCGCCAAGUUUCAUGGGGAAUCAGUUAUUUGUAGUUUUUGCAAAAUCCCGAUACCUAACUAAAUAACCAACGGCAAUCAUAACAUGAGCUGUCACUUUCAAGCUUGGCGAGAGAAUGUUUAAAUUGAAUUCAAAGUCUUUUAAGACAACACGACUAACACAGCACUCGUGCAUCGGAAGUUUGUGUGAAUAAGAGCCUGUUAAAGUUUGCUUCAGCGCUUUGGCUGAACAGAGCUAAGCUGCAGCCAAAAUCACCAAGCUGAGCUCCAAUUCCAGUCAAACACAUUCACUCCCUUCAGCUGUUCUACUGUAACACAGGAUGGAAUUAAUUCUGCAUAUCCUGCUGUGACCGACAAUCUGAAGAGUCAGGUGGCUUGGUUUCACUCCAGUGCAUAUGAACACCGAAGGGACCGAGGUUAUGGAAUCAUUGCUCACCCAAAAAAUAUGAAAGAAGGUGCCCCAUGACCUAUGACUGUGCAAAAUGGGCGCGGAGACCAUCUAUUCCGCCUGGGUGCCGCUGGGGCAUCAUUGAUGAUUUACACUUCUACUACAGACUACUUUAAUGCGAGUGAACGAAAACAGGAUAGCAAACUAUUCGUACAUGGCCAGACCUGCAUGAAAACACUCCAGAGCUAAUAUUCUCUCGAAAAUGUCCGCAAAACAAUUAUUGUCAGUGUUUAGGUGUGUUUAAAUGUGUGUUUAAAAACUGACAAAAACAACUUCAGCUACCGCAGACAUUUUAGUUCAUAAGGAAUGUUCUUAUUUAGAGCGACAAUCCACGAAUGUCCCUUCUCACCUUUGACCAGUGUUGACGUCUUUGUUAAAUGUAAAUUUAAAAAAACAAAACAAAAAAGGAAUAUAAUAUCUGACGGUUGAAAGUAGAUUUUCUGAAACAUUAAUGGCCAGAACCAGGAGUAAGACAUAGAAGAAGGGAGGCAUGUGCUAGAAGAAGGAAUAAAUGUACAACUGAGGCAUAGAGCGAUGAGUGACGCAAAGCGCGAGGUAGGUGUGGGGGUGGCAGAUUGCAGAUUCUGGGGUAAAUGGAGCAUGAAUGUGUUCAUAUUUGACUGGCAGAUGGAGGAGAUGUUGAGGCGUUACAUUGCUCAAACCCACAAUUACUGACCGGCAUGUGUUGGCAAUACAAAGGUCAAGAAGUCAAAAAUGAAUGUCCUUUUUUUUUCUUCUACCUUAUCAUUCAGAAUGCAACAAAGGUUAUAAAAAAAAGUGGGAUUCUGCCCAAAACACUUUGCACAAAAACUUGGACAUCGCACUGUCAUUAUGUGUGACAUUACACAAGCUCUCAGAAUAUCGCGUAAGAGUUCAGCAAAUCGAUCUUACUGAAGCCCAGUUCGGCCACCGUCAAAGAAAUACAUUCACAAAUGUUUUGCCUUUUGACUGUAUUUGUGUGUGUGAGCGUGCGUUUGUGUGUGUGUGUUUAGAAGAACAUGGACCACUUGCAGGUAUCAAAAAAUGCUUAUGAGCACUGAGCAUUUUACAGGACCAUCCCGCGCAGUCUGUUUGUGUGGCACAUGGUAGGAGAACCUCACGCCUGUGUGAGAAAGAACGCAAAGGUGAUUUAUGCCAGCUGGAUGUACGUCAUUCAGCAGGCAUCAAGUCAGCUGUCUGGGAUGGCAGCUAUUAGUCUGUCAUGUGAUGCAAUAUUUGUGGCAAGAGGAAAGAAACAAAUAACAUGUAACAAUGCGGUUACUGUGGAGAGGCAGCUUCCUAUUACACAUAAAAAGGAUGCAGUCUUUUCAGACUUGCAUAAAUCCUGCACGUCUGUCCUUAUUUUUAUGGAUUGUCACUGGAGCUUCAUUAAUCGCCAUGUCACUUUAAGAAAUAUGUAUUGGUUCCUUCCUCGGAUGAACGGGGAAACACGACAGUGCUAUUUCCACCGACCCUACUCUCAUCUCAUCUCAAAGUUUCGACUUGGAGAUCUGUGUCAUCAGUGCAGCGCUGAAGAUGCGCUCAAAACAUCACACGCAACCAGCUUGAAGUCAGAGGGUUCAAUAGAAUCCCGAAAGAGAGUGUGCUGGAGAGCAGAAACAGACAACAUCAGCUGGGAAGACCGGAACAAAGUCAUCUAAAUGUCAAAGGUCACUGACGAGGAGUUAAUGGAUGAAAGAGGACCUCCGGACUUUGGAGGCGCUGUCUAAUGCAUUCCAUAUCAUGAGGAAACCAAGCAUGCAUCACAACUUCCUCCUCAAGAUGUUUUGUAACGGAUCACACACAUUCUUUCAUUCCUUCUGGGUUUUCCGGGUUUAAUCCUCGUGCAGUGGACAGGUCAGCAAACUCCGUGUUUUCCAACCUGCGUUUUGUCCUGUGUAAUCUGUUGGGUUUUUCCCCUCUUGUGCGAUUCAUUUAUGCAGGUCUGAACACUGCCAUUGUGCUUGGGCACAAACCAAAACAACCCACGCUGUGACCCUUGGGCGGCCUCGUCUUUCUCAAAUUGGUUGUUUGUGGUGAGAACGUCAUCAGACCUCAAUCCAAACAAUCUGGGAGGCUUAAUCAGCAAGUUUGAGCUAAAUGCUUCUUUUGGUCAGGCUGACCUUGCAUGCACAAAAGCUGAUAACCAUUAGGACUCGGGUCAUGGGCGCACAACCAUACAAUAAGUAUCAAACUCUAUGAAGUGCAACCUCCAAAGUAAAAUGUUUCUUCAAUUAAGCACUUGCACUUGUCUGUUCAAAACAACCACAUCGCUUCACCUUUCAGUCCGCUAGCUUAAUGCUAAUGCUGAAAGCAUCUAUUUUGCGGAGCUAUGACCCUUUCAACAACGGCUUGAACACAAACGCUGCAGCAACCCCGAUGAUAUAACAGUACUCACAGUCAUAUAUUCUUUAUCUUCUGCGAAGAAUGACUAAUAUUAGUGCCGUACUGAUGAACGAGCGAGGAGUUUGGCUUCUCAAUGAACAUUAUACGCACCUGUCUGUCUUAUACUGUCCCCAAGUGGCCAAGGCGGGCACCGGGCAAACAACCGCACAAUGGCCAUUCAAUUGAUGCAGUGUAUGUGACAGUGUACCAUACGCUAAACAACAUUCGUGUCAACAUUGUUAAAGGCCUUACAUGGUCACCUCAAAUGCAGAAACACAUAUUACUGCGAAAUAGUGUUAAGUCUUUCAUGACAGAUUGUAUCAAUGCGUUGGUUGAACUGGAAUGGAUGAAAACCUUUUUGAAAGCGCGUCUGUCUUGUCUCGCCCGUGGUGUGGACUGCUUGUGCUGCACUUUGUCAAUGUUUGGCAGCCGUCACCUCGCCCCAUGACAUCAUUUUUCAUACUCCGAGCAGAACAUUGACGUUGCAACUCGGGCUGUUUUUCCCUCUCUGUCGUCGUUGUCAGGUAGCAUGUAAGAGACCCUUGUCAUGCUAGCCCAUGUUAAUUGGAGGAAAGCCUUUGCCAUAGGAACCAACGAUUGAGCGGGCAUGUCGAACUUUUGAAUCAGAAUGUUUUCACCUCUCGGAGCAAAGUGGCAUGGGCUCUUGUUCCUCUGGCUACACCCACUGGGUUGGUAUUUAAGCUAGAGUCCCCCACCAUCCUUCUCAUCAGUCAGCUCAGGAGCACAACAAGACCCAGCCUCUUGCCACAGGAACCGAUACAACGUCAAACCGAGUGGACGCCAGCUCCUGAAUAACCAUGUCUGUGGAAACUCCAGCAAUGUUCUCUCUUCUUCUGCUCAUAGUCUCAUCGACAGUGGCCCAGGAGUGCUCGAAGCCCUGUGCCUGCCCCGCGGACGCCCCCCCCUGCCCAGUAGGCACCAGCUUGGUGCUGGAUGGCUGUGGUUGCUGUAAAGUGUGUGCCAGGCAGCUGGGAGAGCCCUGCAACCUGCUGGAGCCCUGCGACCACCACAAGGAGCUCUACUGUGACUACGCCCUGCUGAGCGACGCCGACACCGGCAUCUGCAUGGCUCAAGAAGGUCAGCCAUGUGACUUGGGCGGAGUCAUCUACCACAGCGGAGAGUCUUUCCAACCGAGCUGCAAACACCAAUGCGUGUGUAUGAAUGGCGAGAUCGGAUGCGUGCCGACGUGUCCCAGUAACGUCCGCUUACCGUCCCCCGACUGUCCGUACCCUCGCCGCAUCCACAUCCCGGGAAAAUGCUGUGAGGAGUGGGUGUGCGACCAGACACCUCAGGACCACCACUAUCAGUCAGUGAUGGGCGGAGCUUCUCAGAUUCAUCCACUGCCCUCUUCACAACCCAUCUCGGGAUCGAAGGAGGCGCCCCUUCAUGGGCCGGAACCAGAGAGUCCAAGAGAUAACUGCAUAGUCCAGACGACAGAGUGGAGUGAGUGCUCAGCCACCUGUGGGAUGGGGGUCUCGUCCCGCAUCACUAACGACAACCAGCGCUGUCAGCUGGAGAGACAGACGAGGGUCUGUAUGAUUCGACCCUGCAACAUCCAGCAAGAGAAAGAAAUUAAGCGGGGCAAGAAAUGCGUGCGGACACCGAAAGCCCAGCAAGGGAUGCGGUUGGAGUUGUCAGGCUGCACCAGCGCCAGGUUAUACAAACCGAAGUUCUGCGGCGUUUGUACCGACAACAGAUGCUGCACGCCUCACACCACCAUCACCGCCGAGGUGGAGUUCCGCUGCCCCGAGGGAGACGUGUUCACGAAAAAGAUGAUGUUCAUCAAGACGUGCUCCUGCCACUUCGACUGUCCACGAGACAAUGACAUCUUCCUGGCUUCCAACACACGAAGGAUGAUGGGUGACUACGACCACAACAUGUGAUCUUGAGAAGGCCUUUCACAUUGACUGCAUCCUGUCCUCCUUUUGCCCACCAUCUGACCACUACGCAAGACACAAUUUAAUCUCGAGAUGCCAUGUAGGAAUAGGAUAUUUGUUGCUGUAAAUGUAGUUUUGAGGACGGUACAUCUUGCUUUGAGAUGUUAUUCUUAAAAUGAUUCAAAGUAACUGUAAUAUCUUACUCGAUUGAAACGUACACAGUUUGUAGUGUGGAAGACAAAAAAGACUAUAUGGAUGAGAAACACUUUAAUCAAUUCAUUAGUUAAUCGGGGGUUAGCACUGACCUCUUAGUCCCCCCCUGAAUCUUUAUUCUUCUACAUAACUUGACAUUUCGGUCAUGCAUGCCUUCCACAUAGUGCCCCAGUGGAGAAAGCAAAGACCGUGAAGGCACGACUGGAUGAGUUGGGUUUGCAAAAUACCCUGGACAGGAACUUGACGUCAAGCCCAUAAAAGUCCUUUGGUCGGGGGGGGGGCACACUAGAACAUGAAUCGUCAGCCAGACCCUCUCAUUCUACAUGACUCACACAUGUUCUGGAUGAUUGUCCAAAAAUGGCCACAGAUACUCUCCAACAGAUUGUUGAAGGCCUUACCAGAAGAGUGGAAGCUGUGCUUUUUUUUUUUUUAUUUUUUUUUUAAGGCUACGAUUAGAAGUUCUUGGAGAUGCAAUGGCAAUCAAAUUGCUUUUGCCAUUUGGUGAAUCCAAAAUAGGAAGUACUGUAUAUAAAUGUAAAAACUAAAACCAGUUCAUGGGCAGCUUUCCCACCCUUUCAUACAGAUUAUUCAAUAUGAGCCUGAAUAUCUUUUCCCCAUGUCAGGUCACUCUGAAAAUGCAAUGACACACAUACGUUUUUCUUUUCUUUUUUUUUUAUAACCAAGAGUUACAGAACUCAUCAUUGUAUCUUUAGGUGCAAAUUGGCUUAUCACCUGAGCGGUGCCCUGAAAGAUAUUACUUUUGUACCAUUGACACUUGACUUUUGUUGCUCGAGAACAAAGUUAAAGGUACAAACAGUGCGAUGAUUAAUUGACUCUUAUUGACUACUACUGUUUAUCCCUGUCUGACAAUGUGUUCUUGGGUCUGAAAAUGUAUGCAGGGUUUGCAGUUAGUGAAAAAGAUCAUUAGUUGUUGUUGCGGUAUAUUUGGCCCAAAGGAAAAGCUUUCCGUAAAAACUACAGUAUAUACAACUGGUAGCUGAUGGUGUACUUGUACAUACAGUACUCCUGACUUUGUGCAAGGCCGCAUGGUUCAGUUCCAACUCUGUGAUGGUGUGAACGUGACUUCGAACGGUUGUCUGUCUAUGUGCCCUGUGAUUGACUGGCGACCAAUACGAGGGCGAAGUCUGCCUUUCGCCCAAAGUCGGCUGGCUCUUAACUUGAACAGACGACAUUGUCGCAUGUAGUUACUUGCAACCUUUUUCCUGUUUAAAAUGUCAACAACAAAUAUUUCCAAACAUGGCCACAUUUUGGCCACAUUCAGACAAGUUGUUGGGCAGGUUUGUGUUGAUGUGCCCAACUAACAAUUGUAAUUGACAAAAAGCCACAAGAAUGUGGAGAUGCUGAUAGACUGAUAGGUUGGCUACACACACACACACACACACACACACACACACAUAUAUAUAUAUAUAUAUAUAUAUAUAUAUAUAUAUAUAUAUAUAUAUAUAUAUAUAUAUGUCUUACAUUCAGACAAUGUUGGGACCCUACAGCAUUCAUUCAGUGCUUUGUAAAACAUAUUUGUAUUUUGUAUCUUGACGCACUUGUAGCACAACUAAGUGAUUGCUGAUACAACUUGAUUAUUUUCAUCUUAUUUAAAAAAAAAAAAUUAAAAUUAAAAAAAAUAAAAAAAAACAUAAGAAAAGACACAUUUGGCAGCCAGCAAAUGCAUACCUAGUGCGAAUACUUUGAGACCGUGUACAGUUUUGUACUAUAAUUUAUGUUUCACGCUGACUGUAUUAUAUUGUUUUAGUUUUUCCACUGUAACCACGACUAAGAUUCUAAUGAGUUAUUGUCUGUUGCACUUUUCUCUUUUUCAAUAAACAAAGUAUAUUUUUAUACAUACGCUGAA